GUUCGGAAGCGGAAGUGCCCGGGAGCCCCGCCCCUCCCCGUGACGUCUGCCGCCGUUUCCCAGCAGCCCCCGCGGCAGCAUGGCGGGCGGGAACGGCGGCGGCAGCGGGACGCGCCCGGGACACGGGGAGCGCAGCUCCUCAGUGACACCGGAACUGUCACCGGGACCAGGACCGGCCACCGCGCGGCCACCGGGUGAUGCCGAAGGCGCCACCGUGGCCGCCCCCCCCCCCACGUCCCCACCGCUGCGGGGAGUGCGGCAAGGCGUUCGCCCGCGGGUCCACGCUCCUGGAGCACCAGCGCGUCCACACGGGCGAGAAGCCCUUCUGCUGCGGCCAGUGCGGCGCCCGCUUCAGCCAGAGCUCCACGCUGGCGCACCACCGGCGCACGCACACCGGGGAGCGCCCCUUCGCCUGCGCCGACUGCGGGAGGGCCUUCGGGAGGAGGUCCACGCUGGCCACGCACCGGCGCACGCACACCGGCGAGCGGCCCUACGCCUGCGCCGACUGCGGGCGCCGCUUCGGCGUCAGCUCCGACCUGGCCAAGCACCGCAGAGGGGCCCACGGGGGGCGGCAGCGCCGGGAGGGGGGCGGACGGUGGAGGGAACACCACGAGAAGGUCGGUGGUGACCAUGGAGGUGGUGGUGACACCAUGGGGGAUGGGAAGGAGCACCACGAGAAGGUCAAUGGAGACCAUGAAGAUGGUGGUGAUGCCAUGGAGAAUGGGAAGGAGCAUCAUGAGAAGGUCAAUGGAGACCAUGGAGAUGGCGGUGAUGCCAUGGAGGAUGGGAAGGAGCAUCACCAGAAGGUCAGUGGAGACCAUGGAGAUGGUGGUAAUGCCAUGGAGGAUGGGAAGGAGCACCACGAGAAGGUCGGUGGUGACACCGAGGAUGGUGAUGAUGCCAUGGAGGAUGGGAAGGAGCAUCAUGAGGAGGUCAAUGGAGACCAUGGAGAUGGUGGUAAUGCCAUGGAAAAUGGGAAGGAGCAUCACCAGAAGGUCAGUGGACACCAUGGAGAUGGUGGUGACACCACGGAGGAUGGGAAGGAGCACCACGAGAAGGUCGGUGGUGACACCGAGGAUGGUGGUGACGCCACGGAGGAUGGGAAGGAGCAUCAUGAGGAGGUCAAUGGAGACCAUGACAGCCGUGGACCUUGGAAGGAACAUCACGAGCAGCUCGAUGGACCCCACGCCGGCGCCACCACGGCGCGUGUUCCCCCCGGCCCCCAACGCCCCGGUGGCGCCCACGGAUCCAUGGGGAGUCCCGAGGACCUUCCCGGCGGCGCCCCCGAUGCCGCCGGCGCCCAUCGCUGCCCCGAGUGCGGCCGCUGGUUCCGCCACGCGCCCACGUUCCUGCUGCACCUCCACGCGCACGCCGGCGCCUUCCCGUGCCCGCUGUGCCCGCAGCGCUUCGCGGGCACCGCGCAGCUGGCGCGGCACCGCCGCCGCCACCACCCGGCACCGCCACCGCCGCCCUGGCCGCGCCGCGCCGACUCCGCCGACCGCUUCCGGUGCGAGGCGUGCGGCAAGGGCUUCGCGCAGAGCUCCAAGCUGCUGCGGCACCGCGUCACCCACACCGGCGAGAAGCCCUUCGCCUGCCGCGAGUGCGGGAAGAUCUUCAGCCAGAGCUCCAACCUGGCGGAGCACCGGCGCACGCACGGCGCGGCGCGGCGGCACCGCUGCGGCGUGUGCGGGAAGAGCUUCGCGCUGGGCGCGUACCUGGCCAAGCACCGGCGCACGCACGGCGCGGAGCGGCCGUUCCGCUGCGGGGACUGCGGGAAGGCGUUCCGGCAGAGCUGCAACCUGCUGCAGCACCGGCGCACGCACACCGGCGAGCGCCCCUUCGCCUGCGCCGACUGCGGCAAGAGCUUCUGCCAGAGCUCGCACCUGGCCAAGCACCGGCGCACGCACACCGGCGAGCGGCCCUUCGCCUGCGCCGACUGCGGCAAGCGGUUCCGGCAGAGCGGCAACCUGCUGGAGCACCGGCACGCGCACACGGGCCGGCGGCCCUUCGCCUGCGCGCGGUGCGGGAAGACGUUCGCGUGGAGCUCGGCGUUCAGCAAGCACCUGCGCACGCACCGCGAGUGACCGCGGCGGCGACGGGGCCGCCGGAGCGGAGUGAGACCCGGUGUGGUGUCCAAGGCUGCGGUUCCGGCUUGGAGAGCCACCCUGAGAUCCGCCAAGAACCAUCUUGAGAUCCACCAAGAACCAUCUUGAGACCCAUCAAGAACCAUCCUGAGACCCAUCAAGAACCAUCUUGAGACCCAUCAAGAACCAUCUUGAGACCCAUCAAGAACCAUCCUGAGACCCAUCAAGAACCAUCUUGAGAUCCAUCAAGAACCAUCUUGAGAUCCAUCAAGAACCGUCUUGAGAUCCAUCAAGAACCAUCCUGGGAUCCAUCAAGAGCAUCCUGAGACAUGUCAUGGUGUCCCUAUGCUGUGGUUUCAUCCUGGAGAACCAUCCUGAGAUCCGUCAAGAACCAUCCUGAGACCCAUCAAGAACCAUCCUGAGACCCAUCAAGAACCAUCUUGAGACCCAUCAAGAACCAUCCUGAGACCCAUCAAGAACCAUCUUGAGACCCAUCAAGAACCAUCCUGAGACCCAUCAAGAACCAUCUUGAGAUCCAUCAAGAACCAUCCUGAGAUCCAUCAAGAACCAUCUUGAGAUCCAUCAAGAACCAUCUUGAGACCCAUCAAGAACCAUCCUGAGAUCCAUCAAGAACCAUCCUGAGACCCAUCAAGAACCAUCCUGAGAUCCACCAAGAACCAUCCUGAGAUCCACCAAGAACCAUCCUGAGAUCCACCAAGAACCAUCUUGAGACCCAUCAAGAACCAUCUUGAGAUCCAUCAAGAACCGUCUUGAGACCCAUCAAGAACCAUCCUGAGACCCAUCAAGAACCAUCUUGAGAUCCAUCAAGAACCAUCCUGAGACCCAUCAAGAACCAUCCUGAGACCCAUCAAGAACCAUCCUGAGACCCAUCAAGAACCAUCUUGAGACCCAUCAAGAACCAUCUUGAGACCCAUCAAGAACCAUCCUGAGAUCCAUCAAGAACCAUCUUGAGACCCAUCAAGAACCAUCCUGAGAUCCAUCAAGAACCGUCUUGAGACCCAUCAAGAACCACCCCCCACCCCCCAGCACCGUCCCCGUGUCCCCCCGGUUUGGCAAUAAACGGUGAAUGGUGCCGGUCCCGAA